AUGGACAGCAGCACACGGUUGUUCUUGGACGAGCUUGAGGAUAUGAAAGACGACUUCCGAAUGGAGGAAACCCGCGAUAGUCAGAUUCACCACGAGCUUGAUCAGCUGCUCAGGAAAGGCCUUCAACCGCUCAUAGUUGAAGCACAUCAGCAGAGUGAUACAGGCACUCAGAGCUCAGGAGAUAGGGCUCUCCAACCCCUGUCACGCAUUGUGCCUUCGGUGUUCAGCUUAGGCUACCGCCAUGAACCAGCGAUCCCACUUGAUUCCGUCCAUCGCGAAGUCCCUAGCUUCAAUGCUGAAGACGACGACGAACCCGACUUUGCAGAGCAGAAUCAACAACCUUCAAGCUUUGCAUAA